CGUCUCGGUAACUCGGCUGUGUUUACAACAUUGACAAUAUGCAUAAUAUGAAUCUUUGCUGUCGGGUUUCCAUACAAUACGGUUUGCGCUACCAAUCCGAUGCGAUUAAUCUCUUCUAAAUGUAUUUUAUCUUUAGCUAAACUAAUAUUUAGUUAAGUUUUAUCAAAGUACAUAUUUACAUAAAUUCUAUUUCUAUUUACAACGUUGCAGUUAUUCAGUACAAUUAAAGCGAUAGCGAUGUGUUCUUGGCAACUUUUCAGCUUCACCUCUAAUCCUUAUACCAGCAAUCGCAAGAGGCGUCAAAGCAGGAUGGGAACAUAAACCCGGAAGUAACAUCCACCAACAUAUACCGUAGUAAUAGAACCUUUUGAAGCAUAUGCGGCAGCUAGACGCCAGUGGCAAAAAAGAAAUAGAUAAUCAUGGAGAUUACAUUUAGUUAUACAAAGAAAAGGUGCGAAUUUGGUCGUCAGCCGCUUUUUUGCGAGCAGGGCCCAGAGCUAUGUGAUUCGGUGCCGCCUAACACCGCCGAGCAUAAGCAUUACAUUCUACGCAACCCGGUUCACCAGCCUACCCAGAAUACUCCUUGCUUCUCCGAGCACCAUGUCAACACAAUAAGAGCGGAGUACUCAACCACUGGAGCCAAUCAUGCUGAAGGUGGAUGGCCAAAAGACGUGAAUGUUGUCGAUCCCGAAGCAACACAGCGGUAUCGAAGAAAAAUUGAAAAAGACGACAAUUACAUCCAUUGUGUUAUGUCCCUAGCACCAGGUAUGGAUCACUAUGUGUUGCAAAACAAUGCGAUCGAUAUGUACCGCACAUAUUACGCUGAAAUGGCGACACUACCACAAGUAGAGCGCAAUAGUUGCCGUACUGUCAACGUGUACCGCGACCCCAUGGGCCCGCGCCCCAUCGCCGCCGUCAGCUGGCAGCCUGAGGGUGGUCAACGAUUUGCCGUCGCCUACCUAGAUGUCGACUUCAAUCGUCUCCCUCGGGCCUCCUUACUAUCUUACAUCUGGGACGUGGAAAAUGCCAACGAUCCUGAAGUAGCGUUAGUGCCACCCGUACCACUACUAGACCUGCAGUUCAAUCCACGGGAACGGAAUAUUCUGGCAGGUGGAUUACUCAACGGGCAGGUCGGCAUAUGGGACAGGCGGCGAGGUGGUGUGCCUGUCGUCCUUUGCGCGCCGCACGUAGCACACCGAGAUCUCGUGCGUAACGUGAUCUUUAUCAACUCAAAGUCUGGUCAGGAGUUCUUUUCGGGAGGGCCCGAUGGUGCCUGCAAGUGGUGGGACAUACGCAAUAUGGAUGAACCCACUGAUGAGAUGAUUAUCGACGUAGUGCAGUCGUCGUUUGACGUGCAAUCAAUGGCCAAUGCGAACGGCAUUAGUGUGAUGGAAUACGAACCCACGAUUCCGACACGAUUCAUGGUUGGUACUGAUAAUGGGCUCGUGGUCGGUGGCAACCGCAAGGGCAAAACUCCUAUGGAAAAGCUACCGGCAAAGUAUGAGGCGCAUGUCGGCCCAGUAUGGUCGCUGGAACGAAACCCUGGAUUUCUUAAGAACUUCCUCACAGUAGGAGACUGGACUAUGCGUGUUUGGAGUGAGGAUUGUCGUGAGUCCGCUGUUCUUUGGUCGCCACCGAAUCGCCACAAAAUAACCGCCGCAACUUGGAGCCCCACUAGGCUAUCGCUUGUUGCGGCGGUGCAGUGGGAUGGUUUGUUGGCUACAUGGGAUCUAUUACGACGUCAACAUGAGCCUACUCUUACAAUGCACGUGUGUGAUGAGCCUCUUCUACGAUUGCGCAUGCAUGAGGGGGGUGCGUUUGUGGCCUGUGGAAGCCGUAAAGGCAAUAUCUACAUGGUAGAGUACUCACAAAACAUGACACAGUCUGAUAAGAACGACAAAUUACUUCUAACUGCGAUGUUCGAGCGGGAGAGUAAGCGAGAGCGUAUACUCGAAGCGCGCAUGCGUGAGAUUCGUCUCAAGUUACGGCAGGCAGAAGAGGGCAGCCCAGCCGCCUCUGUCACCGAGUUUGACCCUAGUGUUGGAGAUCGCGAUCUGGCCGAGGCAACGUCCGAAUACAUGCAGGGCGUGAAGAAGGAGCUCGCUGCCAUGUAGCCGCUGCGACUAUAUACUUUGAACAUAUUACGUGUAUUUUCGUCGCAAUUAAAUGAAUUGAUAAUAAUAGUUUC